CACGUGUGUCCCUAGCGUUCAAGUUUAAUAGACGAGCCACAGUGUUGUACCCAUUAACGCGGUGCCCGAGUUACCUAUCCGUCCUUUGAUUGGGUGCUGGCAGGGCAUUAGUUGGGACCCACCAAUUAUAAGGCAAGCGGGCGAUCACGGGUUUCGGCAGAAAGGCGUUGUUAAAGCAAGCGUGGGGAAGCCUUAAAGCGGCCACAUGACGGGCCACGUGGGAAAAGAGCACCGUCGGUUCCAAACCUCUAUUUCUCUCUCUUCUUUUGUUUCUAUUUCGAUUUGAGUUUAAUCCGUCGUUGGUAAGUCUGUUUCCCUUUUUGCCGUGGAGUCCAAGCGAAGGCGAGGGCAAUGGAGUUCUUUCUGGAGCUUCUCGUGACUGCUCUCAUAUCCGUGCUCCUCGCCUUCAUCAUCUCCAAGAUCGCCGCCGCUGCCGCCGCCGAUGACGCCGAUCUUCCCGAAGAUAAGUCGGAGGUGGUGCCCCUCACCGUGGAUGUAGGGCCUCGGCUACAGGAGGCCUCCUACGUCGGUCGUGGGUUCGACUUGGAUCCGAUCGAGGAGGAAACGGAGGAGUGGGAGGAGAGAAGUGGAGUUGCUCUUGCUGAAUAUAAUCGCCUGGAGUUGGUGGUCGCUGAUGCCGAAGAACAGAGAUUGGGUCAAGAGGUUAGUGGGUUUGUCCUAGAGAAGGAAAUCAUAGAGGAGGAAUCCACUAAAAAGAAAGAGGACGAUGAAGCGGAGAUCAGGAUGAUUGUUGAUGGCUUAGUCAAGCAAGAAGAAAGAUUCGACAAGGAUGAAGCCAAUGUAGGAGGAGCAGUGGAGAAAGUUGUGGAAUUGGGUGGGGAAUACGCAGCAGAAGUGGAAGAUGUGAAGGUUUUGAAUGAGGAGAAGGGAACAUCAUUUCUUGAUGGGGAGGAUGAUUGGGAGGGGAUAGAAAGGAGCGAGCUUGAGAAGUUAUUCGGAGAAGCGACUGAGUUUGUUCAUAUCAAGAAAGGAGGGGAUGCAGUGUUGAAACUGAAUAAUGAGGCGCAGAUGCAGUUGUAUGGGCUGCAAAAAAUUGCCACUGAGGGGCCAUGCAAUGCGCAGCAACCCAUGGCCCUGAGAGUUUCUGCUCGCUCCAAAUGGCAUGCUUGGCAGAGGCUGGGGAACAUGAAUCCGGAGGUUGCUAUGGAACAGUAUGUAUGUCUUCUUACUGAAAAUAUCCCUGGAUGGAUGGCAGAAAGACACAAUGAGGAAACCAAAGGUUGUGAUGGUAACAGUCCUCUGGCAGCGGAGGCAUCUGGAACAGGCCAGCAUGAUUCAAAGGCAUAUGUUCACCAUAAAUCCGAAACUGAAAGGUUACCAACAGACUCUUCUUCCAUUCGAGGUGCCACUCACAAUGUAGAUACUGGCCCCUAACUUUUCAAACAAGGACUAGCGAAAAUAGUCCUUCUCAAUCUCCUCUCGCCCAGAGUGACAUUCUGAAGUUAUAUCACUAUUCUUGUGUGGCAUCCCAGAUUCCAUACCCUGUAUAUAUCGACAGCAAAGGUGUAUUAAUGGGACUUGUAUCAAGCAUGCUGAGGCUGCUCUCCCUUCUUCGACUCGAUCGAGAAACAAGAUUGGGCAUGAUUCCAGUUUGUCUAGGAGCUAUGUGACUGAUAGCGGUCAGGUAAUAAGCCAUUGUAAUGAGGUGGUUAUAGUGGUUUAGUCAUCUGUCAGUCUUAAUGAAAGCAAUGUAGUGAAAACGGUAGUUAAUGGCAAACGAUUCUUGUUAAGUUUGUCCAAACGCAGUACCACACAGCUACUGCUUGAUACCCUUAUUUCCACCUCUCUUUGUUUGGGUCACGGAGGGGCAUCAACCUGCAGUGGUAAAAUGCAAGUAGGCCGCAGAGAGGAGAGAUGAGGGGUAAAUUUAAUCACCUUGAAGUACAUAGUUGAUUCGAAUUUCAAACUAUGUAUAUUUUGUUAUUCCUUUGCUAA